UGUUGGAUAAAGGGAAAUUAUGGAGGCUCUUGAGGAAGUGGUAGUUUGUCCUUCUAAGGACCUCUUCCACAUCGUUAAGGGCAAAAGAACCAAACGUCUUAGACUUCAAUCUCCAAAUAUCCCUUUCUCCCUCACAACAUCACAUGAUUCAUUAAACGCAUGUGAUAUCGCGAUAGAAAAUAGCAGUAACAACAACAAUAACAAUAUUAUCAACAAUAUUGAUAACGAUAAUAGAGAUGAUGUUGCUUGCAAUGAUGAAGGCAUUGCAUGUAAUGACAACAACAUUAGCAACAACAACAACAACAACAAUAAUAAUGAAGCUCUGUCUUCAGCCGCCUCGUCUGAGGUGUUUAUCAACACGUUUACCGAGGAGGAGGAGGAAACCGCCAAGUGUCUUGUCCUAUUGUCUAAAGGACGCAAUGACCAUCCCCCUCCUCGUAGGUUGAUCAAUAAUAAUAAUGUCGAUUUUUUCAACGAGGAUUUAAGGUUGUACCCAACGAAAUUCAAUAGUAAAAGGUACAUUGAGACAUCCACCAACUCCAUAGAUGGUACAAAAGCAGGAAUAUACGUGUACGAAUGCAAGACAUGCAAUCGUACAUUCUCGUCUUUUCAAGCACUAGGUGGACACAGAGCAAGUCAUAAGAAGCCAAAGACAUUAAACACCGAGUUUAACAAGAAAUCAUAUUUCGAUUUCUCAGAUGAAGAUGAUUAUCAUUUACAACACUCACCAUCAACAUUGUACAACAAAAACAAGAAUACUAACAACAUCAACAAAAACUUGCCAAAUUCUUCCAACAACAAGUACUCUUCUUCUUCUCCUAGAAUUCAUGAAUGUUCAUAUUGUGGUGCUGAAUUUACCUCAGGACAAGCAUUAGGUGGUCACAUGAGACGCCAUCGUGGGGGCGCUAACGUAAAUUCACCUUAUCAUUUGAGCAAUUUAAGUCCAGCAACUUCUAUAGAUCAAGAAUUUGGUAACAAUAAUAAUAUUAUGAAGAAACAAAGAGAUCAUGAGUUGUCUUUAGACCUUAAUAAUCUUCCAGUUCAUCAAGAUGAUCAUCCUGUUGUAUCCUUAAAGCAACAAGAUCAAGAACAAACACAAAGGCAACUUGUUGAUUGUCAUUAUUGACAAUAAUGCAGGUUUAUUUUUUUUACUUUUUAACCAUACAACUAUAUAGUAAAUAUUUCUCUCAUUGUUAAAUACAAAUUAUUUUUAUUCUUUAACAUCAAUUGAGUGGGUAUUAUAGUAAAAGUCACUUAGUAUUUUUUUUUUUAUGGUGCCAGCUUUAUUUGCUUCAUGUUAAUUCUCAUGCUACAUGAAUCAACAUUCAUGCCGAGGGUCUAUCGGAAAUGUUAUUUCUACCCCACAAAGAUAGAGAUAACGUUUGUGCAUAUCUUAUUCUUUUUAUAUUUGUAAAAUUACACUGACUAUAUUAUUAUUGUUAAUUAACAUGCAUACAUAUCCUUUUUGAGGAUCUACGGUCCAUUAGAGUUGGUUGAUUAGCUAGCAUUGACCUUUUAAUUAAGUUAGGUCUUUAAUUUGAAUUGUACAUCACCUUUUUCUUAUUCCCGUCAUUACAUUUUAUGUGAAAAUAUUUGAUUGAACAUAUGAUGAGUUAAAGAAGACGUGUGACAUGUAAGCCACACAUACAAUAUAAUAUAACGUACCAAUAUUCUUUUAUAAAUAUAGUGGUGAGAAUUUCAAAUGUCUUUUAGUGGAGGCAAAGUCCUAACAAGUCAUGCUAUUAAAAUAAAAUUAACACCUAGUGGUAUUCACAGUUCCAUUAUAAAUCUUGGAUCUUCACAUGCAAUUUCUUAUAUACACUUAUCACAAGAUUGACAAUACACACACAACAAGAAAGGAUCCUCCCAUUUUCUUUCUAAUGAAGCUUUUGUUUAACAAGUGACCUUUUAGAUGCAUGCAUGUGUAAUUCAAUUUAAUUAUUUAUAGCCAUUUUCAAUUUAGUUCUUUUUAGUCAGCUUGUGCAUACCUUGAUUAUUCCACCAGAUACCAACAACUAUCUCCCACUAGCACAAAUAUCAAGUAUUAAGCUUACCAUGUAUUUUUGCAAGAAGUUGUUCACACAAUUACUCGAACCCAUAACCUCUAAUCACAUGGCAACAACGGUAUCAAUUACGCCAAGUCUCCCUUUUUAGUUUCCUUUCUUGAUUCAAAAUAUUGGAAAAAGUAAUUUGUGAAAAGGCAUGCAUAUCAUAUUCCAAGUGGAGAUUUGGUUGUGGAAGACAAGUAACUUGCAUGAAAGAAUUAUUUAGGUUUGUGUAUUGCACGUAAGGAAAGUUGUUGCAAGAGACAGGCAAAGUUCACUUCAUGUCCUAAACCUACCCCUUUUUUAUCCUUUCAUUAAUUUGAUAACACAUGAAUAAUCACACAAUUCGAUAUAGUAUUAAAACAAAUAGAGAUACUACAUUCACGUCUCACCAUCAUCAUUGACAAAAAAAAUAAAAAUUUAAAUGUUUUGUCUAAGAAAAAUUUAUUAGACCUGAAUAUAUUAUCAUCUACUA